GAGGAGGGGAGGGCUCCUCCGCCGCCGCCAUCUUGGACCGGGCCCGGUCAGCUUCCGCGGACCCAUCGGCAGACGCCGCGGCCUCCCUUGAGCCCCGACCCCGUCGUCAGAACAACCCCGGGCCCACAUCCCCCAUCCCACUUUCGCCUCGCGUCGCUAUCGCGAUAGCGCCGGGGCCCGGGGCGCGAGAAAAAGGCGGCGGGCGCUCGCCUCCCCCGCCUGUCGCGAUACGCUCCUCAGCGGCGGCGCCAGCUCCUGUGCUCCUGUGCGCAGCAGCAGGCCCCCUGCUGAGAGGUGCGCUGUCCUGACUCGUCCCGACCGGUGGCGUGUUAGUGUCGGGCACAGGUGUGGUCUCAGUCUGGUCCUUGGGUGCCUGUCCCCUGUGGGAGUGAGGCUAAUGCCUUCAUCCCUAGCACCCAGCCGUGUGCCGUGACUUUCUCCUGCUUGAAAACACCCUGUGGAGUAUCGUUUGGGGAGGAGGUGCCCCACGCUCUAGGAGUUCUCUGCUUCCUGGAUCAGAGUCUCAGCAGCGCCCACCUCCAGGGGAGUAUGAGGAGAGUGCGCCUGUAGGGCAGGGAAGAUGGCAGACAAGCGCAAACUGCAAGGUGAGAUCGACCGCUGCCUCAAGAAGGUGUCCGAGGGCGUGGAGCAGUUUGAGGAUAUCUGGCAGAAGCUCCACAAUGCGGCCAACGCAAACCAGAAAGAAAAGUAUGAGGCUGACCUAAAGAAGGAGAUUAAGAAGCUUCAACGUCUGAGGGACCAGAUCAAGACAUGGGUGGCGUCCAACGAGAUCAAGGACAAGAGGCAGCUCAUAGACAACCGCAAGCUCAUUGAGACGCAAAUGGAACGGUUCAAAGUCGUGGAGCGAGAGACCAAGACCAAAGCCUAUAGCAAGGAGGGCCUGGGCCUGGCGCAAAAGGUGGACCCCGCCCAGAAGGAGAAGGAGGAGGUCGGCCAGUGGCUCACGAAUACCAUCGACACCCUGAACAUGCAGGUGGACCAGUUUGAGAGCGAAGUGGAGUCACUGUCCGUGCAGACGCGCAAGAAGAAGGGAGAUAAGGAUCAGAAGCAGGACCGGAUCGAGGGCCUGAAGCGGCACCUAGAGAAGCACCGCUACCACGUGCGCAUGCUGGAGACCAUCCUGCGCAUGCUGGACAAUGACUCCAUCCUGGUGGAUGCCAUCCGCAAGAUCAAGGACGACGUCGAGUACUAUGUCGACUCGUCCCAGGACCCCGACUUCGAGGAAAACGAGUUCCUCUACGACGACCUGGACCUCGAGGACAUUCCACAGGCGCUGGUCGCCACCUCCCCCCCCAGCCACAGCCACAUGGAGGAUGAGAUCUUCAACCAGUCGAGCAGCACACCCACCUCAACCACUUCCAGCUCCCCCAUCCCGCCCAGCCCGGCCAACUGCACCACGGAAAACUCUGAAGAUGACAAGAAGAGGGGACGCUCGACAGACAGCGAGGUCAGCCAGUCUCCGGCCAAAAAUGGCUCCAAGCCUGUCCACAGCAACCAGCACCCUCAGUCCCCGGCUGUGCCGCCCAGCUACCCCUCCGGACCCCCACCUGCCACCUCUGCCCUGAGCACCACCCCUGGCAACAACGGGGCCCCCGCUUCAGCAGCGCCCCCAAGCGCCCUGGGCUCCAAGGCCAGCCCAGCCCCCAGCCACAGCGCAGGCACCCCUGCUCCCUACGCACAGGCUGUGGCCCCGUCGGCCUCCAGCGGGCCCAGCUCCGCCCAGCCACGGCCCCCCAGCGCCCAGCCCGGCGGGGGAGGAGGUGGGGGCGGCAGUAACAGUGGUGGAGGUGGAGGCGCAGGCAAGCAGAACGGCGCCACCAGUUACAGCUCGGUAGUGGCAGACAGCCCAGCAGAGGUGGCUCUCAGCAGCAGUGGAGGCAGCAGUGCCAGCAGCCAGGCGCUGGGCCCUCCAUCUGGCUCCCACAACCCACCUCCCAGCACCUCGAAGGAACCCAGCGCUGCUGCUCCUGCUGGGGCUGGGGGUGUGGCCCCAGGCUCAGGGAACAACUCCGGGGGACCCAGCCUCUUGGUGCCACUUCCUGUGAACCCUCCCAGCUCCCCGACACCCAGCUUCAGCGAGGCCAAGGCAGCUGGCGCCCUGCUCAAUGGGCCUCCGCAGUUCAGCACUGCCCCGGAGAUCAAGGCCCCCGAGCCUCUGAGCUCUUUGAAGUCCAUGGCAGAGCGAGCAGCCAUCAGCUCUGGCAUCGAGGACCCGGUACCCACGCUGCACCUGACCGAGCGAGACAUCAUCCUGAGCAGCACAUCGGCUCCCCCAGCCUCGGCCCAGCCGCCCCUGCAGCUGUCAGAGGUGAACAUCCCACUGUCACUGGGCGUGUGUCCACUGGGGCCUGUGCCCCUCACCAAGGAGCAGCUCUAUCAGCAGGCCAUGGAGGAGGCUGCCUGGCACCAUAUGCCCCACCCCUCGGACUCCGAGCGAAUCCGGCAGUACCUGCCCCGGAACCCUUGCCCGACGCCCCCCUACCACCACCAGAUGCCGCCCCCACACUCGGACACUGUGGAGUUCUACCAGCGCCUGUCAACUGAGACUCUCUUCUUCAUCUUCUAUUAUCUGGAGGGCACAAAGGCACAGUACCUGGCAGCCAAGGCCCUGAAGAAGCAGUCGUGGCGCUUCCACACCAAGUACAUGAUGUGGUUCCAGAGGCACGAGGAGCCCAAGACCAUCACUGACGAGUUCGAGCAGGGCACCUACAUCUACUUUGACUACGAGAAGUGGGGCCAGCGGAAGAAAGAAGGCUUCACCUUUGAGUACCGCUACCUGGAGGACCGGGACCUCCAGUGACACCGGCCCCCCCGCCCCCCUCCCCCCGCAUGCUGAUCCCCUGCCCAGGUGAGGGCCCAGCCCUGGAAGAGGGGGCCACAGCCUCAGGGCAACCCCCACAGGAAGCAGCCCCACCCUGGGGGCCAGGGCAAGGGCUGCCCCCUCCCCUCCCCAGUGAGGGACUUUUUUGGUAAACCUAUUUUCAUUUUGGAAAAUAUUUAUGAAUAAAUAGUUUUAUAUGA